AUGAUGCAGCUACAAACAAUUACAUCCACAUUCGCUUCUACAGCAGCAGCCGUGCGUAAAAAACGUCAGUAUGGAGCGGAAGAAAUCCAUCCAGAGCAAGCUUCAGCGAAAAGCGGAAGCUGCUGCACAUGUCAAAUAGGAUCACCAGGACCUCCUGGCCCACCAGGACGUGAUGGACGACCAGGAGCUCCAGGCCGUCCAGGAAAUCCAGGGCCUCCUGGCCGUGAUGGUACAUUGCUCCCAGGGCCGCCUCCAAAGCCACCGUGCCAGAAAUGUCCUCCCGGGCCACCAGGCCCACCUGGACCUCCGGGUCCAAAAGGUCUGCCUGGCCCUCAGGGCUAUGCUGGGACGCCAGGACUCGAUGGUGCACCUGGGCUGCCAGGUCCACCGGGACCUCAAGGACUCCAAGGACCACCAGGACUACCAGGUGAAAAAGGGCCGCCAGGUGAGCCGGGAAAGAUAAUCAAUGGUGCGCCACAAGGUCCGCCGGGGCCACCAGGACCACCCGGACCACAAGGUUAG